ACAAGAUCGGUUUUCCAGCCACAGUUGUUCUUGAUGUUCGCAGCCGUACUUGUGAUGUUCUACUGUGUGGAUCAUUUCACGAAGGGCCAGCUUGACUUCGAUGAUGCGCUUUUUUUGACCCGAAACUCGUUCAAAGAGCUCAAGGACACGUAUAUGCCACGGGGAAUACACGUACGUCACGACGGUUUGGCCAAUCAGACGUCGUCUACGAUAUUCAACGUCGAUCUAGACUAUCCGUUGAAUAGUGUGGUGAAUUCUUUCUUCCCUAUCGAUGCUCUCAUAGCUUUCAACACAACCAACACUACACACAGUGUAGACACUAUGGGUGACGACCGGCACGAGAUCACCGCCCGGUACGCUUCGUUUCUGCCAAUUCUCAACUACCACAUGAGAAGACAGUACAAAAUUCUUCCUACAAAUGGCUGUAACAAGCUGGAUCUAAACCUCAGCCACAAACAGUACAAGAAUAAAGUACUAAUCGUUUUGCGCGGCGAUUGCACGUUUGUAGAUAAGGUCUCCAACAUCUUGAACCUGGGCCUAGACCCGGCUGCCGUCAUCGUAGCCAACGACGAACCAUACAGGGGUUUGGUGACGAUGUUUCUGGCCAACUUCAAUCAGGAUGGUCUGCUUAGAAUUCCGAUCAUGUUCAUUACUAAUGAAGAUUAUCAUGUGUUGAAGAAGUUGUCUGUAAAGGAUGUGCCUGAUAUUACUUUGGAUCUCAGCACAGCCUCGAUAGGCAGCUGGUUCAGCAUAAUUGCCUCUAUGGUGUUAUCACCCCCUCUCCUAAUCAUCAUCUUCUACUCCAUCAUCAUCUGUGGCCAGAAGUUGAAGCGUAGACAAGCCAACAUCCGUAAUGCUAAGCUUGUGAGAGAACUCCCUGUCUACAUAUACAAUGGUAGCCAUCUUAUCCAUGCUAAGUAUUUAAGCACAUAUUUGAAGGUAACUGGCCAGAGCCAAAGUCAGGGAAAGAGUCAAGAUCAGAAUCAGAAUCAGAAUCAGAAUAAUACCCAGAACAUUAUUAACUUUUCUGAUUCGCCGAAACAAUCACCAUCGUCUUCAUUUGCCUCGCUCGAUCGCAUUCUCGUGAACGGCAUAGAUAUUCGCGCCUCUGCCAACUCCCUCCAUAUUUUGACAGCUCCUGAAAACUUCUAUCCAGCCUACAAAUGCUCUAUAUGUCUUGAGAAGUAUUCUCCGCUCAAAUCACGGGUGCUUGUAUUAGAUUGCAAGCAUAUCUACCACGAGCGGUGUUUGUCCAACUGGUUGAUCAACUUCAGAAGAAGUUGUCCCUUGUGCAAUGUCAUGAUAAAUCCGUCUACGGAGCCGUAUCUUCUUGCUGGACAAGACAGUUCAUCUUCCGACUACGGCAGCAUGGAUGAAACCGACUUGGAGGCACAAUCCAAUCCU